GGUUUCUAUAAAUACAAAAACAACCCCUCCCGUCUCCCCUUAAAAAUCGAAACCGAUCCACCCGUUAUCUCCUCCAUUCCACUCACAACCAUCCUUUUCUCACCCUGGUUUUACCUUUUCGUUCUUUGCAGUUUGCCAUUCAACUUCUCCCAAACACAUUUUCAUCUAUUGCAGAUCUUCAUGGCUUUGGAACAAAAUUUUCUUGGUGAACAUAUAUUCAGUUUUGGAUCUGAAGAAGAUGUUUCCGUUAAGAAGAGGAGCGCAGUUCCUGUUCCAACAGCAACUUCUGAUGGUACAAUUGGUGGUUAUGAUUGCAAUAUCUGUCUCGACUCAGCACAUGACCCUGUAGUCACCCUUUGCGGUCACCUCUACUGCUGGCCUUGCUUUUACAAGUGGCUCCAGGUCGAGAGCUCUACUCCAGGAUCAGCAGAGAAAUGUAAAUGUCCAGUCUGUAAGGCUCACAUCUCAAGCUCAUCGCUGGUUCCUCUCUAUGGCCGUGGGACAUCAUCAACAGAAUCUAAACUCAAGAAGUCUCAACUGGAUGUUGUUGUACCUCGCAGGCCUCAAGCCAUUGGGAUAACCACUCCGGUUAAUUCAUCGUCUCCCAUAAGUCAGCAUCUUCAUCACAGGCAAUACCUCCCCUCUACCUUCCAUAGCUAUGCUGCUUUGGGUCCAUCCCUGAUGACCAGUUUGUCCAGCCCGACAGUCGGGGUAUUUGGAGAAAUGUUUUUGGCAAGGAUUUUCGGGAGCUCGGACACAAGUGUAUUUGCUUAUCCUCAUCCAAGCGCUUACACCAUCCCAGGAAGUGGUAGUUCUAGAAUGAGGCAGUUGGAGAAGUCUCUUAACAGAUUAUCCAUCUUUCUUUUCUGCUGCAUCAUCCUAUGCCUUCUCCUAUUCUGAGUGUUUAAUAAUGAUUGAUUCUUUGAUGUACAGUUGUACAGAUUAUGCGACUGUUCUCGCUAACGGUCAGUCCGUAGAUAGUAGAAAUACAUAGGCUUAUAAAGGAUCUAAAAGAAAAAGCUUAAUGGUUGCUUUUCUCCUGCAUUCCCUUCUAUAUCAUAAAACUUUUUGCCCUUCAGAAAGUGGCAACAAACAUAGCAGCUACCUGCUCUCUACUAAGGCAGUCUCUUUAAUUGUACUCGAGUAGCAUUACUUGGCUUAUUACAGUGGUUAAUUAGGAGGGGACUCUAAGAAGGAGCCCAGUGAACCUUUGUUUUGUGGCCCAAAUGGUCUGAUAUUUGUAAUGUAAUAUGAAGAAUGGGCAUGUUCCUUUUCUGUUUUUUUUUU